CCCUUUUGCCAUUUGGAACAAGAGUUAAGAGACUGAGAUGAGGCAGAAUUUCUUGCUAUUUUAUGUUGCGUAAUGAGAAUGGAUCGAUAUUGCUAUGUUCUAAGCUUCGGUUGGUAUUAGAGACUCAAAUCAGGAAGAAUGUUUUGUUAUUGUGUUUGCGGUUGCGAUAUCUUUAGACCAUAGAAAUGGGCUGCCUCAAUCAUUGAAUCGUACUCUUUAGCCAAAUUCGUUAAAAAUGCUAUAUCGUGGGUUUCCAACCUUGAUGCUUGCUUGCCCGUUGGAGCUUUGAUUUUUCAGAAAUAAAUUAACUGCAGAAUAUGCUGCCAGUUUUGGGCCAUGUAUCUUUUUGUCAUAUCAACAGAGAAGCUAAUGAGAUAGCGGACUCUUUAGCCGAAUUCGGAUCAAGUAUGGAGGGUAGAUGGAUCAGUUGGGAUGAGCCAUUGUAGCGUUGGUUUUGGUGCUUUAUUUGAUACUAAAAACUGCUUGCGGCUAGGAGUUUUUCUGGUGUGCCUUAAAUCGACAAUAAUAGUAUCAGUGCUGCAGUUUUGUUUUGUGAAUGUUUGAUUGAUUUUGCCUGGCUUUGGUGUCGUUGAGCUUGUUGAUUUGCCGCAUAAUCGGCGGGUGAUUCUCUUUAUUUUUGCGACUUAUUAUGUGCUUUGUUUACAGAGGUGUGCGUUAAAGAGUUACCAAUAAGCCUUGUUUCUUUUCGAUUUAGAAUUGAAUACUGUGUUAAGUAGAGAUGUCAUCUGUGUUUGUUGUUUGCGAAAUGGUGUUGGCUCGGAUUGAGGCAUUCGGAAUAAGGGGCGGAUGGUGGAGUGCACCUUGCUUGGAGUGGAGUUCUAUUGUUGGUAAAAGACAAUAUGGAAGUGUGUUUGGCAUGCGGUUCUUUGGUUGUGUUUGGUCUCUAUUGUCAUCACAGCUGGAGGAAAUGUUUCUGGCUUAAAGGGAAGUAUAAUUUGAUUUGAUUGGGUCUUCAGUAGCAGAAUGUUGGAAUGUGUUGCCGCUGCCUGGAAUGAUAUGGAUUCUGUGAUGCUGCAUGUUUGAGGUCUCUUAAGGGGUCUUCCUGAAGGCUUUGGUCCAUGUGACUGAAUCAUCUUUGUGGAGCUUGAUUUUGUUUCCUUUCUGUAGUUUAUCUUAGGUGUUCUAAACUUUGUUUAGUUUAGACCUCUCUGUUUGUGAUGUUGUGUUGUGGUGUAUUAUGGUUAGAUUUGAUGGUAGUAGUAGUGUGUUUUCCAUCUGAGUGAUGUGCAUUGGCAGUAGAGUGCCAUCACAUAUCAUUGCACUGAGAUGUUGUAUGGUAUAAUUUUCUUAGUCCAGCUUUCGAACAGAUGAUUUGGUGGGGUCUCUGCAACCCUUCAUAGAAGAGCACAAUUUCUGGAAAGACUUGGGAUAGCUUGGUGAUUAUCAAGUCAGCAAAUUUCCGAAAAAAUAAACUGUUGUGUGCGAACGACGGGUUCAAGCUCCGUUGCUCGGUUGAUAGAGAGAUGGAUGUGAGAACUUCUGCUUUGAUGGAUGAUGAAGUUGCUGACUGCUUAAAUGAAGAGGAGCUAUGGGAGCCUAGCAUUUCAACAAUGGUGAUGAAUUUCGAGUAUAAGUUUGAUCCUUAUGGUGCAGUUAGUAUGCCGCUUUACCAGACUGCUACUUUUAAGCAGCCUUCUGCAAUAGAAAAUGGUCCCUAUGAUUAUACCAGGAGUGGAAAUCCUACUAGAGAAAGUUUAGAAAGCCUUCUUGCAGAACUUGAUAAAGCGGAUAGAGCCUUUUGCUUCACCAGUGGAAUGGCUGCUUUAAGCACUGUGGUUCACCUUCUUAAAAGCGGUGACGAAAUUCUUGCCGGUGAUGAUCUUUAUGGUGGAGCAGAUAGGUUGCUGUCUCAAGUAGUUCCCAGGAGUGGCGUUUUGGUGAAACGGGUAAAUACAUGUGAUUUAAAUGAGGUCGCAUCUGCUCUUGGACCCAGGACUAAGCUUGUAUGGCUGGAGAGUCCAACCAAUCCCCGGAUACAAAUUUCUGAUAUUCGAAGAAUAGCAGAGAUGGCUCAUGCACAUGGUGCUCUUGUGUUGGUGGACAAUAGUAUAAUGUCACCUGUAUUAUCCCAACCAUUGGAACUUGGAGCAGAUAUUGUCAUGCACUCAGCUACCAAGUUUAUUUCUGGACAUAGUGAUAUUAUGGCUGGUGUGCUUGCUGUGAAAGGUGAAAGGUUGGCAAAAGAAAUAUAUUUCUUACAAAAUGCGGAGGGUUCAGGCUUAGCUCCAAAUGACUGUUGGCUAUGUUAUCGAGGAAUCAAGACAAUGCCCCUUCGAGUUGAGAAGCAACAGGAGAACGCACAGAAGAUUGCUCAGUUUCUUGCUUCCCAUCCGCGAGUGAAGAAAGUAAACUAUGCUGGUUUGCCUGGUCACCCUGGAAGAGAUUUACAUUAUUCUCAGGCGAAAGGUGCAGGAUCUGUGUUUAGCUUUUUGACAGGUUCACUUGCCCUAUCAAAGCAUAUUGUUGAAACCACCAAAUACUUUAGCAUAACCGUUAGUUUUGGGAGUGUAAAAUCCCUAAUCAGCCUGCCUAGCUUUAUGUCACAUGCUAGCAUACCUGCUGCAGUCCGCGAGACCAGAGGUUUAACAGAAGAUCUUGUUCGUAUAUCUGUUGGUAUUGAGGAUGUGAAUGAUCUGAUUGCUGAUCUAGACAAUGCACUUAGAACUGGACCUCUGUAAUUUCAUUUUAAGUAUCGACCUGUGAGCAAUGGGAUGAACUAUUUGCUUGUUUUAAAUGACGAAAAGUAUUUAUCUGUUAUGAUGAAAAAUAUUUAUUUGUCACAUUUAAAAGUCACCGAAUCUGUAUCCUCUGUAGUAUUGAGAUGUAGUUUGAUUCUUAUGUCUUAACCAAAGCUCUGAACGUUGAUUUUUUUCAGAAACACUUUCUGUAUCAAAUUCCAUUUAGGUAGUCAA